AUGGAUUCUGAAUUAAACAGCGAUCAAAUCGAGGAGCUCCCCUCGAAGGGAUUCCACUCCACGAACCUAGAAUUCACCAGCUACAACUCCAGAGAACAUGAUAGGUUCUUCAAGUCUUUUCAGGAGUAUUCAUCUUCAAUCAUAGAUGCCUGCGCAUCAAGCCCACAACGGAUGGACCUCAAAUUCACCUCCAGCGUUGCCAAACACCUCCAGAGGAACUCACAUUUGUUUAUGAUCAUCUACGGAAACACCGCCUACUGCGAGGAUAUACCCAUUGGUACACUUUUCUUCGAGUCCUCUCAUCGAGAUAUGGCCCACCACCGGUGCUCCAAGCUGGGAAUCGGGAUCCUAAAGGAGUACCAACUUUACCAAGUCGAGGCGGUCGACUGGGCUUUGAAUUGGGCGUUCAAUAGCGCCAAUCUGCAUCGGGUGGAGAUGACUGUUCCCUCGUGGAAUACGCAAAUGGGUAAGGUGUGUGAGGCGACGGGGUUUAGAAUAGAGGGGGCGAGAAGGGAAUGUUAUUUCAAGGAUGGUGAGUGGUGGGACGAGGUGAUUAUGUCUGUUCUGAAGAAGGAGUGGAAGCAGCGUGAGGCCGCGAGGAAGAAGUAG